AGCAUCCCUAAAUGAGUGUGACACUGAGCCGUUUGAGCGGAAGAUUGAUUGUUAUAUCUCAAGCCUCGGUACGAUCGCCGAUAACGAGAAGGACUGCAAGCGCAGUGUUAGAGCGCAGGUGACCUUCUGGGUUGUCUGGGCUUCUGACCGAUCUGACACUGGCCCCGUCGAAGCGCAGAGCGACCUUCUGGGUUGUUCUGUCGUUCAAAGGCUUCUGGCCGAUUUCGGCGGAUGGGGUACUCAACCUGCAGGAAAAUGGGAAAAAGACCGUUCGUAUAAACAGAUGCAUGUCAAUUAUCCGUCAUUUACGGAAAAUACUAUAAACAACGGGACUGUCAACGGCAGGACUAUCGUUGCUGGAACCAUGUCAAAGGGAAGAAACAUACGUUCAACUCUUCAACGCCUAAAGGUCACGGAAAGCAAUGAACGUCAAGAAGAGAAUAAAGAAUUGGCUGGUUCUAAGAAGGCCAAAACUACGAAGAACAUGCCAUCAUCAUCACCACGUGUAGUAACAGGUGGAGCAACGACACCAUCAGAGCCAUCAUCAUCAAUUUCAGAAAUACAAGUUGAAACGGAAAGUGGAAUCAAAAACUCUUUCCAACUGGAUAUGCAACCCAUGGUUGAGUGGAGAGUUGAUAACAUCAAUGAUUCGCGGAGGUUCCGCCAAUAUCAACAGAUAACAGUUGAUAAAUUAAAGAAUAAUGGAUUAAAAUGGGAUGACACAUUUGAGAUAUGGCAUUGUCGUCAAUUAGUGCUUAGUUAUCAUGUCCAUAUGCAAAUUUUACAAACCUAUAAUGGCACAAAUUAUUCAAAAAAACCCCUAUCAGCUUCAAAAACCCAUUAUUCCACCAUCAAUCUCAAGUGCUCUGCUGGAAGCAUGUUGUUACUAACGGACCUUCCUCCAAUAAAGGUGAAUAAAUCAACUUCAACACAUGAAGAUGGGAUAAUCUUUCAUCCAUCUUCAAAUAAUCACUACUCAAGAAGAACGAAGGAUACUAAACCUACAAGUGCAACUUCACACCAACGUCCAAUGAUAAACACUUCAUUUUUGUGCUCUUUUAAUCGCAUUAACAAAAAUAACAUCAACGUCAACCUCAACGUACCCAUCUACAACCUACUAUUAAUCCUUUAA